AUGGCGGACAACUCUAUCCACAAAACUGCACUCCGAACUCGGUACGGGUCGUACGAGUAUCUUGUGAUGCCGUUUGGACUCACCAACGCGCCAGCCACAUUUCAGGCAGAAAUGAACCACAUCCUUCGGCCCCUUCUGGACGAGUGCGUGGUGGUAUACUUGGACGACAUCCUGAUCUACUCAAAAGACAUGAAGCAGCACGUUGAGCAUCUGCGACGCGUCUUCGAAAUUCUCCGACGAGAACGCUUCUACGUGAAACUAUCCAAGAGCGAGUUCGCACUGAAGAAGGUCCAAUUCCUCGGACAUAUGGUGAGCGCUCAGGGAGUUCACGUGGAUCCAAAGAAGAUCGAAACAGUGCGAACAUGGAAGACCCCCGAGAACGUGAAGGAGUUGCAGCAGUUCCUCGGAUUCGCUAACUACUACAACCGGUUCGUACCAAACUACGCCAAGAUCGCCGCACCACUGACUAACAUGUUGAAGAAAAAUGCACCAUUCCAGUGGGAGGCGAAGCACCAGGAAGCCGUGGAACAGCUGAAAACCGCACUCACGUCCGCACCUGUACUCAUCCUGCCUGACCCCGAACUUGACUACGUCAUCGAGGCCGACGCUAGUGAUCAAGCUGUGGGCGCAGUACUCAUGCAAGACCAAGGGAAGGGAUUACAACCCAUUGCAUACCUUAGUAAAAAACUUCACGGGGCAGAACUCAAUUACCCCAUCCAUGACAAAGAGGCCCUCGCCAUCGUCAACGCGUUUAAGGCAUGGAGGUGUUAUCUCGAAGGAAGAAAGACGACCGUCUACACUGACCACUGCAGCCUCAAAUAUCUGAAGACCCAACCAACACUCUCCAGGCGGCAGGUCCGGUGGAUUGACUUCCUCGAAACCCACUUCCACUAUGACAUCGUGUAUAAGCCGGGGCACAAGAACAAAGCAGACGCACUCAGUCGCCCUGCACAUGUUGCCGCCCUACAAGUCGAUGGCAUGAACCCACUCUUGAAGGGACUCUUCACGCAUGGAUACACUAUCGACCCCGAAAUCUCUGUAGCAGAAAAACGCCAUCUUAUGCAUUGGGAUCAAGACAUCGCAUACCGCAAGGGAUCCACAAAAAUAUGGGUACCUAAUUACCCUCCUCUACGGCAGUUACUACUCGAAGAAUAUUAUGACGUUCUCUACGCGGGCCACUUCGGUAGUAACAAGACACUUGCCGGUAUUGCGAAGCAUUAUUAUUGGCCCCACAUGGCGGAUGACGUACAAAAAUUCGUCACCUCGUGCGACACAUGCCAACGGAUGAAGAGCAGCAAGCAGAAGAAAGCCGGAUUACUUCAGCCUCUUCCAGUCCCCGAACAGCCUUGGCAAGUGGUUAGCUUGGACUUCAUCACCGGGUUACCACCUACCAACGCUGGGUACGAUGCCAUCCUGGUUGUCAUCGAUAAAUUCUCAAAAAUGGGACACUUCAUCCUGACACACACGACGGCUCGCACCGAGGAGACAGCGCAAUUAUUCUUCCGCUACGUCAUCUCGCAGCAUGGCAUUCCGACCACGCUGAUCUCCGACAGAGAUCCAAAAUUCACAAGUAAAUUCUGGAAGGAGCUCAUGUCGCUCAUGGGGACCAAACUCGCCAUGUCAUCAGCCUAUCAUCCCCAAACGGACGGUCAGACAGAGCGCCUCAACCAGAUUGUUGAACAGCUUUUGCGAGCAGCGUGUAAGGAUGAUAUCUCCAAAUGGGAUGCGCACCUGCCGGUUCUCGAGUUUGCGUACAACAACGCUACACACGCCGCAACAGGACAGACCCCUUUCUUCCUCUGUUACGGUCGAAAUCCACUCACGCCUCAGAAACCGACAGUACCGGCCACGAUGCAACCCGCACAUGGCUUCGUUACCGCUAUGCACCAGUUGUGGGAGCGCACUCAUAAACGCCAUCUAACUAUCCAGCAGCAGCAAAAGAAGCUCGCUGAUCGGAGUCGCAACGAUCACUCCAUCAAGAUUGGCGAUCAAGUGCUUCUGGAUACACGCAAUCUCGACAUCAGCCAUCUUCCGUCUAAGCUCCGACCUCGCUUCUGCGGACCUUUCCUCGUCGAGGCGCAGGUCACUCCAGUAACCUUCCGCUUGCGUUUACCAGCUACUUGGAAGAUUCACAAUGCCUUCCAUGUUCAACUUCUCAAGCCAUAUCGGGACCCAAACACGGUCUUCAAAGGUCGCCAACCGCCGCCGCCACCGCCAGUGAUCGUUAAUGGGGAACCUGAGUACGAAGUCGAAGCUGUUCAGGCGCACCGACGACGACGUAACGGCACCUUGGAGCUCUUCCUACCGACACAUUUACUAUACGGCACCGCCAGCGCCGACAGUGGUGUAUACGGUGUAAUCUGGGCGUAA